AUGCGCUCGCCAUCCAAAUCUCGGAACGAGAAAGACACUAUCACCAAGAUACAAGAACCCCAAGCCAUUCCUCACAACUGCAUGAGCAUGGAGAAGACCAGAAAAGAAACCACCACACCACUCUUUCUCCUCCCCCCGGCACCAACCCGAAAUCCCUCAACCCGUAUCCUCGAACCUACCAGAGCGCCCUCAACCCAAGCCCGCAAACAUGACUAUCCCAUCAACCGCGGAAACUCCACCACCUCCAAACCAACCGCCAAUGCCCAACCUCAACGCCCCGCCCUCUCACGCCGCCGCACAACAGCCCGAACCCGCUACAUCGACAUGCUCCUAGGUCUCGACUCCGUCCCACCCUUACAUAACAUCCUCGCCUCGCUAUCCGUCUGGAUUCUGCUAGCAGGCUACAUCGUCUUCCCGGCAACCUUCACCGCGCUCCGCCGCUCCGAAAACACCUCCUCCUCCAGCACCUCAUCGUCUCAUCUCAAAGCCGCCGCCCUCUCCACCGUGCGCAAUAUUCCCCUCCUCUACGUCGCAGCCUUUGCCUGCGGCAUCGGCGUAUGCGGGUGCUUGUAUCUCUGGUACGCACAUCGCAAGAACUACGUAUGGGUCAUCAAUCGGAUUUUCCUGCCUGCGCUGCUGAAUAGUAUAGCGGGGUUGAUUAGUACGAUUGUGAAUAUUUAUUCAGCGCAAGAGGGGCAGUAUAGUGUCACUGGUAGGGUGACGAUUGUGGUGACGGCGGCGUGUUCGGUGGUCGCUGCGGGACUGUUCUUGGUGUAUAAUACGGUUAUGUUGAGGUUGGUUAAGAAGAGGCAUGAUAGAGAGGUUGAGGCUGUGGAGAAGGAAGCAGGGAGGAGGGAUGGGGUGGAUGAGGCAUGA